AUGAGCGACCAGCAGCCCUACACCUUGUCAAGUGCCUUCCCCCUGGUCAGCCACCCAGCCUUCGGCCUGUACACCACCAGCUCAGGACGCCCAGAGUUCGGAGGCCUGGGGUCGUUGGGGUCCCUGGGUUCUCUGGGGUCCUUGGGGAUGUCUGCGGCCCUGGCCGCACAUCCCCAGCUGGGAGCUCUGACAGGUAAGAGGAGGGCCGGGUGUGGAGCUUGGACAGAUGUAACAUGACUGGGUCCAGGAGAUUUACUUGACCUGAACAGCAGAUUAAUGAAACAGGAUGACUAAUCAGUAUUUAAGUGUGUGCUAACUUCUAAUACUCUUUAGGCAAUUGUAAUUGAUAUUCAGUACUGAAGUUAGUGGAUGUGACAGAGUGGCACUGACAUGUCGCUGUCCUCUCUCUUCAUCAGAAUGGUGGCGAGCAGCAGAGGCCCACAGUAGAGGUGCAGCAGCCUUCCUCCCCCCGUUCCUGGGCCUCUCCACAAUGUUCACCCCCCAUAUCCAGCAGAACCACAGCCCCAGCCCCCUGCAUCCCCCCUCCAGGACCCCCAGCAAAAACGGACAGACCCCCAAAGGUACAGCAACACCCAGCCUUCUUACAUUGAACCUUUACAAAUGCUUCAUUUUGAACUGAGAACAAAGGUGAUAAUUGCGACACUUUCUGUGCUCAUCAGGGGAAAAUGUAUUGUAUUGUACCUGUAUAUGGGCACAGAGUGUGAAAGAGCUUCUCACACCUGUUCAAAAGCGGCAAAUAAUUUUACCGCCAGGAAAUAAAAGGUACCCUUAAGAGGGUGAGGUAUUUAAAGCGCAACGUUUUUUACCCCUCUGGCAAUUGCAAGAGAUGUGAAUGAAUUAAUCAUUCCUGUAAGCAGGUGGUGGAAACUGUUCACAGGGAUUAAGUGAGAGGCUCCCUAGUCUUUGCAGUCUCCGGCUCCUUGAUGAGAUUUCUCCCAUAGAGAACCUUAUAAUGACUUCCAGUCUCAGUAAAUGGCAUAUAUGCUGGAUUUUUUUCAUCUUCUCUCUAUCGUUUUCUCUCUCUCUCUAUCUCGCUCUUUCUCUCUCACACACUAUCUCUCUCGCUCUCUGUCUCUGUCUCUGUCUGUCUCUCGCUCUCUGUCUCUCUGUCUCUGUCUCUCUCUCUCUCUCUCUGUACCUUUUCUCUCUCAAUCAAAUGUUUUCAUUUGACGCUAUCUCUCUCUCUCUCUCUCUCUCUCUCUCUCUCUGUCUCUGUCUCUCUCUCUUCUCUCUCUCUCUCUCUCUCUCUCUCUCUCUCUCUCUGCACCCUUUCUCUCUCAAUCAAAUUUUUUCAUUUGAUGCUAUCUUUUAAUUUAUCUUUUAUUAUGUAAACCACUCAUGUUGUGCUCACACCAUGUUCAGCAUGCCUAAAUGAGAUACACAUAAAUACAUAUUUUCUUAAGGGUUUUUAUUCUAUUCCGCAUUCAGAAGAACCCCAGAUGUUUCAUAGGCGUUUUUACUCGCAAUGUCUCAAAUGAGAUUGAGAUGAUAUGUAACAGUGUGCCGUGCCUCUUUCCAUGCGAUUUCAGGGGUGAACGGGGCAGUGAACGGAAGCGGGCUCUCCUCCCCAACCAUGCAGGGGUCAUACUCCAUGAGCGCGUCCCCAUCCCUGGGUGCUUCCCAGGCUGUUAAGGGCCCCAACCCCAAGGCCAGGGGCCCCAGGAGCAGCCCUCACAGCCAGAGCCACACAGCAGAGCUACAGCUGGAGAAAGCGCCCCACAAACCUAAAGACAAGGUCAGCUCAAUGAUUUAGUGGCGCUAGAUUACUGAUGAAUGUAGACCGUGUUGGCUGACAACGUCACGAAAAUGAUGCACGCACAUCGAUGUGGCCGGAAGCCGCGUUGUUAUGAUUCUGAAUGCUCAGAUAGCUAGCAACAAUGACAAGAAGUCUGCCAUGUGGGGAAUCGUAGGAGGCUCGUUCCAGCUCGUUGUAUUAUGUUAUUGAUACCAUGUCUUGUUUUGAGGUGUUUUGACGGAUUUCAUGUCAAUGCUAAUAUGGCUAAACAUUUGCUAGUGCUCAUUAUACAAUUGUAUUUAUGUUUUCAAUAAAUAUUUGGAGAUUAAAUAUAGAUUACAUGUUGUCAACAGUCUAAGCCAACUCUGUCUGUUUUGCACCAUAGUUGUGCACGCGUCGGUUUUGUUGCUAAAAACCAACUCGUCUAUAGCUAUAGUAAAGCCUGAAGUAUUUGACUUGGGGUCUAUUUUGGACGUUUUUAGUUUUCCAUUUCCGGUUUAGAAACAAAAAUCAAAUGGUCAAAAAGUACACUGGGUGCUUUAUUGAUUGGCAGCUCUCUGCCCUAAUGCAGAAGCCCGGUAAGAAGCCAGCAGAGGUCGCUGGGGUCAGUGACAGCGAAUCAGGCUCAUCCUCGGACAGCUCCAGCGACGGAGCCAUCAGCAGCGACCUGGAGGACCUCGGAGGGGAAGAGGAGGACGACGAUGAUGAUGACGACGAUGAGGAUGAGGAAGAGGAUGGAAAGAGUGAGGCGUGGAACUCGGAGAAGGAGAAGACGAGGCGGGCGAAGAAAAAAAUGAAGGUAGAGUGAUAGUGAAUAGUACUGGUAGUGUAUAGCUACUUAUGUCUGUGAUGUGCUCCUGGGUGAGCUAACAGCAGGCUUCCUCUCCUCUCCUCCCUCCCCAGAUCGGGACACUAAGCUCGGGCAUGAAGGAGGCCCAAGACAAGAGGAACAGCGUGCCCUCUGACCCCCACACCCUGGUCCCCUCACAGCACUCCCCCUCUCCUCCUACCUUGUCCCAGAGCUCCCCCCUGUCUCUCCAGACCUCCCGGCCCAGGAAGGAGGGUCUCCAGCAGCACCUUAGUGUCAUCCAGUCCACGGGCCUAGCAGCCAGCUCCAAGCCCCUAGCCUUCCUCACCCACCCCUGCAGGGAAACCUCCCCAUCACCCCUCUCUGCCUCUCCAAUCCCCCUCAUCACCUCCCCCAAAGGACGUACCACAGCUUCCCCUAAGCCGCCCAAGCUCCUGCCCUCCUCGCCACAGCACCUGCCCCUGUCCCUCUGCUCCUCCCCCAAGCCCCUGUCGGUGCCCUCCCUGUCCCGCUCCGUACCCCUGUCCUCCUCGCCUCAAUCCUUCCCUCUCCUCACGUCACCCAUGGCCAACUCCCAGCAGCCCAAGCCUCUGAAGACACCUGGCAGUGGGAAGGCCAGUAAGAGGAAGCUGCUGGAGGAAUCACUCUCUCAGAUCAACGAAUUCAGGCUCAAACAGGUUGGUCCACUGUUCUCUCUGCACAGCCACUAGCAAGGAAUAUGGCGCUAAGAGUAUCCCAGUAUUCACACAGUAGCUAUUUUUCCCGUGGUCAAAUAAUACCACAGACUGGUUACUGGCUAGUAUAAGCUUUUCACCUAAUUUUGAUCAUCUAAAAGCGGUCAAACAUGAAACGGUUUCUCCUUUCACAGUUCGAAGGUUGUUCGUAUUCAUGGUAACAUACUGUAGAUGAGCUACAGUACGAGGGCUGCUUCCAGCCAGAGGGAGUCAGAGAGGGAAGUGUCAGUCCUGUCUGAGUCAUUUGAUUGGGUGUCCUGCUGUGCUGCUCAGCCUGUAAACCAAAAGGUCAAUGCUUUUGGCCUCAUUACCUCAGCAAAGCAGACGGCACGUAUAGCUACUGUAUGUACAUGUAUAUAUUACUGUUUUACUCUCCAUUUAAUACAGUCACAACUCAAUAGAAAAUAUACAUAGUUAUCACCUUUUACAGUGGAUUGUGGACCUCUCGGAUAUAGUCGAAAUGAUAAUUGAAAUAGUAGUUAAUUGAUGAGGCUAAUUCCUAUGGCUCCAGCCUUCUAGAAGUGGAAAAUGUAGCCUUUUCCCUUGUUCUAUUUUACCAGUGGAGAGGUUAUUGUGGAACCAAAGGCCUCUGCAUUCCCCCAGUGGUUCAGUAACUGUUACUGUAUUACAUGGUCUGUGAAAUUGAUUUGUUUCACUUCAUAUCACAUCUAGUUGAAUGUACAUGUCGAAGCCCUUACCUGUGUUUGCUGAAACACGGUGCAACGCCAAACGUGACUGUCGUUAUAUCAAAUCUGCCGUUGUGCUGUUUAAAGUAAAACACAGAUGCAUGACGCUAACACUUUUCACAGACUCAUAACUGUGGUAAUUUAAGUGAGAUACAGGAACUGUAUCAGCGGCUUUACUCUUUACUUAGUACAAUGCCUGUGGUUAUUGCCAUGUUAUAUGCCAUUGUCUCCAGGCCUUCUGUCCUAGGCACAGUGAGACAGAGUGAGCCAGGCAUUGUGCUUCAUCACCAGCUUGAAUAAUCGACGUAGAUGCAAAUUGACAGCUGGCACAAUUAUGCUGUUUUAUUUUUUAUUUUCCCUUCUUUUAUUCCCCUCCCUCCCUCCCUCCCUCCCUCCCUCCCUCCCUCCGUUCCAGUCUUUACUCUCGCAAGGCCAGACGUUCCCGGCAGCACAGCCCAAGAAGCAGCAGGGUCACAAAACCUCUAGGAAGGCUGCUGGGGUGACGUCAUCCUCCUUGCCGCCCCCCAAGCUCUCCUCCUCGGAGAGUCCGGGUGGCGAUGGCGGUGGUAGAAGCACCAAGCUGCCCCCUGCUCCCCUCCCCCCUCCCCCCCAGAACAACCACUCCAACCUCUUCCUGUCCAGCGCUCUCCUGGGCCUAGCUGCCCACCCCAACGGAGUCAUCCAAAGCACCACCGCUCAGGACGCGCCGCUGUCCCUUAUCACCAAGCCCCGCAAGGACCCCAACAAGGACCUCUCUGGGGCAGGGGCGUCCCUCUCGCUGCCCGUCAACCUCAGCAUCAGUGGAAGGGCCCACUCGGCCUCCUCUCAGGGCCCCCCGGCACGGCCCGCUACCUCACCCUCACCGGCCACGGCCCGGGGCCCCAGGAAGAUCAAGGCCCCCAAGGCCCCUAAGCUCCAGGCCCCUAACCUCCAGGUUCAGGCCCAGGCUCUGGCCCCCAUGGCAGCCUGGAAGGGCCUCUCUCAGAGCCACCUGGUGCAGUCUCUGGUGGACCUGUUCAGAGGGGCCGAGGCCGGUCUUCCAGGUCUCCCUGGUCUCCCUAGCAGCAAGGACUCGGAUGACUCUGUUGAGGAUGACGACGACGAUGAUGAUGAUGAUGAUGAUCUGGAUGAUUUGGAGGAUGAUGAGGAGGACUCGGAUGACAGCUUGUCAGGUUAGAUACCUACUGUCUGACCAUCCUAAUGGAAUGCACAUGCAAUCUUUGUAGUGUACAGUUUUUUGGGGGUUAUGGUGAUGUACAAUAGUGAACACCAUUCAACCAUUGCUGAGUCUCCCAUUGAUACGCUCUCUCUUUCUGGUACCCUCCUCUCAGAUUCUGACAGUAACUCGGACAGCGACGCGGACGUCUCCGGUGGCAAACUGAAGGACCUGAAGCUGAAGUUGCCAUCAUCAGGCUCCGCCUCCAAGAGGGAGAAGACCCCACUCAAGCUAACCAAAGGCCACGCCUCCUUACUGAGCAACUCAACCAAUCACACGGCCACAAGCUGCUCCCCGCUCAACCUGCAGGUCAUCAAGAUGCCCAACAUCGUCACCAGCUCCAGCUCCAGCUCCAGUGCCUUGGCCUAUCACAGCUCUCCUUCCUCCUCCUACUCCCUGGCCAUGCCCCCAGGUAACCGCAGGCAACACACCUUAAACGCCCGGUACAUUGUCAAAGCCGCUCAAGUUUUAAAUCGCCCUGUAACCGCAAAUCUAGCAUCAGAUUACCCUAACUAACCCCUAUCCCAACCUUAAACAUUAGGGGGAUGACAAAAUAUCUGACCCUGUAUCAGUUGUUAUGGCCAACUUCUUUACCUACUCUGCCAAAGCUACUCAUACAGCACAAGCACAAAACCAGUCUGCAAAAACACCUAGCUGUACCUUUAACUGUUGAGGACACGUAACCACACUGGAAUAGCUAAGCUCACACAUGGCAUUAUAUGCUGUCAUCUUCAGAUGGCUGUGGGAAGAGAACAGGGAGAGGAAAAGGGGGGUCUAUUUUUAGUUAGCCGAGCGGUUGGCUGGCUUAAGCGGCCCUGGGUUCCUGUAGGUGCAUGUCCUUGGGCUUAACAGGCCUGACAACUUGUUUGGCACUUCUGCCGUGCCGAGGUUUCUUUCUUUCAUUCCCCUCUCCUCUCCUCCCUCUCUCUCUCAGCACUGGGAGAUUACACAGCUUAGGAAAGGAAAGAACACACACACAGACACAACAAGGAAGACCGGAAUUUUCCAACAGAGAUUCCAAUCUUCCUAAGCACGUUUAAAUUCAAAAUGCUUUAUUGUCCAUCAAAUUCACAUAAGAAUGUCAGUGAUUUUUCAGGGCAUAUUUGAGUAAUUUCCUUAAGUUGCCUUCAGGGCAUGGGGUUUCUCAAUACUCUACCUGGUUAAAUAAAGGUAAUUCAUAAACAACAAGGCACUCUCAUGGCCACAUCUGGUGGGGUUUGAUACACAGUGGACACGCUUGAGGCAGCGCUCCAGUCAAUAGGAGAAGGCACACCUUUGAUCUGCCUGUGGAUUGAUUGUAACCAGCCAGGCCUGCAUAGUGGAGUGUGCCCCAGCAGCCCCAAUUGUCUCACACAAUGAAACACUGCUCAUAUUCAGUACUGAGAUGCUGUGGCUAUGGGUGGGUGUUUUGGGCAGUAGCUCUGCGUGGGGCUGUAGCUGGGUGUUUAGGGCUAUGGAGAGAGGCUGUGACUGUGUAUUGUUCAGUUUGACUAACGGGCUCUCUCUCUCUCUCUCUCUCGUUCUCUCGCUCGCUCUCUCUCCAGGCGCAGGGAAAAGAAAGAGGGUGAUGGAUGAGCAGGAGUUGAGAAUACCUCUGGAGUUGGGGUAGGUAGAGUGGAGACUUGAAUUAAUAGGCUCUCUUUAGCAAUGGCAAAGUCUCUGGCAUUCGGUCACUCACUCACAGUUUCCUUCCUCCCAUGUGUUUAACAGUUGGCAGAGAGAAACCCGGAUCAAGAACGUGUCUGGGAAGAUACAAGGUGACGUGGCGUACUACGCGCCAUGCGGGAAGAAGCUGAGGCAGUACCCAGAUGUGGUGAAGGUAACAGUAACACUUCCUGUUAGACUAGCCUUACGCUAGCAACUAGCCUCACCCUCACGCUAGUGCUCACUUAGCAUCAACGCUAACCCCUGUGACCUUAACAUAAGAAGAGCUGGAAUCCUUUUAGUUCAUUUCCCCAAUCCCUUCCUCUGCCUACUAAAAGCUGACCAGUUGUUAGAGCAUUCUGAUUCUCACUGUGCUUUUGCUCGAUUUCCCCCUAAUGCUUUUGAUGCUUAGUAGUAGAAUCGUCACUUUAGUUUUUAGCUUCCGCCACUGUAGCUAGAUCGCUUUCAAUGUCACACUUUUACAUACUUUCACAUUGGAUAUCCCUGUCUCACCAAACGUCAUUAUUUUCUCUUCUGUAGUAUCUAUCCAGAAAUGGAAUAAGUGGCAUCACACGCGAUAAUUUUAGCUUCAGUGCAAAGAUAAUGGUUGGUGACUUCUAUGAAGCCAGAGAAGGACCCCAGGUGACGUCUUUCAUCUAUCUAUUGCCCGUUUUAUUUUUUGAUUUCCUCUUUUCAUGUACAGUAGGAACAGUAGAAGUGAAUUCAGCAGUUCAGGGACAUAGAUAUACAUCAGCUAUAGACUCCAGUAGUCCUACUCCCUAGCCCCCUUUGUAUAGGGAGUAAUGUAAUAAUCAGUUGACAUUACUUCCACAGGUGACCAGUCAUAUACUGUACAGUAGGAUAGUUUAACUAGCUGAAUGGUGAAUGGAAUGUGUUGUAGUGGUGUUCAUAUCACAGGUAGAAAUUGGACAAUUAUCCGGUUCAUAGCUUUGUAGUCCAGUAAUACCACCAUACAUUGCAUAUUUUGAUCUUUGAUCUGCCCUCUUUUCUCUCAUGAGUGAUCUAUAUAAAGAGUAAAACCUAGAGUAACAGUAGAGUAAUAAAAACAACUAAAGUAUUUUGAAGCCGUUUAUUACCCACACUAGACUAACACCCCCUCUACCCUGUUGUUUCGCCCGUCCUACCCUCAGGGUCUGCAGUGGAGCCUGCUGAAGGACGAGGAUGUCAUCCCUCAUAUCCUGGCCAUGGAGGGCCGGCGGGGACGGCCCCCCAACUUAGAGCGCCAGCGGGGGGGCGAGGGGGGCAAGGGCUCCCGGAGGAGGAAGGGCCGGCCGCCCAACGUGGGAGAGGGUCUGGGGUUGGGGGCAGAGGUGCCUAGCCCCAGUGAGGCCAAACUCUUACGCAAACUGGAGGCCCAAGGUGAGGAGGAAAAACCCCAACCAGAUCUCCAUUUGAAGUCUAUGAAUGCAACCUACCAAACAUGUUUGGUCACACAGUAACAUUCCAUCACCUCUCUCUGCAGAGAUAGCCAGGCAGGCGGCCCAGAUGAAGAUGAUGAGGAAGCUGGAGAAGCAGGCCAUGGCCAGGGCAGCGAAAGAGGCCAGGAAGCAACAAGGUACACUACAUAACAUCUGAGUGCAUCCACCAUUCCCCACUGUCCUCUUGUAUAUACAGUUGAAGUCGGAAGUUUACAUACACCUCAGCCAAAUACAUUUAAACUCAGUUUUUCACAAUUCCUGACAUUUAAUCCUAGUAAAAAUUCCCUGUCUUAGGUCAGUUAGGAUCACCACUUUAUUUUAAGAAUGUGAAAUGUCAGAAUAAUAGUAGAGAGAGUGAUUUAUUUCAGCUUUUAUUUCUUUCAUCAAAUUCUUAGUGGGUCAGAAGUUUUCAUACACUCAAUUAGUAUUUGGUAGCAUUGCCUUUAAAUUGUUUAACUUGGAUCAAACGUUUCGGGUAGCCUUCCACAAUCUUUCCACAAUAAGUUGGGUGAAUUUUGGCCCAUUCUUCCUGACAGAGCUGGUUUGUAGGCCUCCUUGCUCGCACACGCUUUAUCAGUUCUGCCCACACAUUUUCUAUAGGAUUGAGGUCAGGGCUUUGUGAUGGUCACUCCAAUACCUUGACUUUGUUGUCCUUAAGCCAUUUUGCCACAACUUUGGAAGUAUGAUUGGGGUCAUUGUCCAUUUGGAAGACCCAUUUGCGACCAAGCUUUAACUUCCUGACUGAUGUCUUGAGAUGUUGCUUCAAUAUAUCCACAUAAUUUUCCUUCCUUAUGAUGCCAUCUAUGUUGUAAAGUGCACCAGUCCCUCCUGGAGCAAAGCACCCCCACAGCAUGAUGCUGCCACCUCCGUCCUUCACGGUUGGGAUGGUGUUCUUUGGCUUGCAAGCUCCCCCUUUUUCCUCCAAAUAUAACGAUGGUCAUUAUGGCCAAACAGUUCUAUUUUUGUUUCAUCAGACCAUUUCUCCAAAAAGUACAAUCUUUGUCCCCAUGUGCAGUUGCAAACCUUAGUCUGGCUUUUUUAUGGCGGUUUUGGAGCAGUGGCUUCUUCCUUGCUGAGCGGCCUUUCAGGUUAUGUCGAUAUAGGACUCGUUUUACUGUGGAUAUAGAUACUUUUGUACCGGUUUCCUCCAGCAUCUUCACAAGGUCGUUUGCUAUUGUUCUGGGAUUGAUUUGCACUUUUCGCACCAAAGUACGUUCAUCUCUAGGAGACAGAACACGUCUCCUUCCUGAGUGGUAUGACGGCUGCGUGGUCCCAUGGUGUUUAUACUUGCGUACUAUUGUUUGUACUGAUGAACGUGGUACCUUCAGGUGUUUGGUAAUUGCUCCCAAUGAUGAACCAGACUUGUGGAGGUCUACAAUUUCUUUUCUGAGGUCUUGGCUGAUUUCUUUUGAUUUUCCCAUGAUGUCAAGCAAAGAGGCACUGAGUUUGUAGGUAGGCCUUGAAAUACAUCCACAGGUACACCUCCAAAUGACUCAAAUGAUGUCAAUUAGCCUAUCAGAAGCUUCUAAAGCCAUGACAUCAUUUUCUGGAAUUUUCCAAGCUGUUUAAAGGCACAGUCAACUUAGUGUAUGUAAACUUCUGACCCACUGGAAUUGUGAUACAGUGAAUUAUAAGUGAAAUAAUCUGUCUGUAAACAAUUGUUGGAAAAAUUACUUGUGUCAUGCACAAAGUAGAUGGCCGACUUGCCAAAACUAUA